AUGGCGACUUUCCAAAUCUUUAACAAUGAAUUUUUUUUGAUAUACAACGAGGAUACUAAGCUCUGUUUAAUUGCUCAGAAUACCCAUGCAGUCACAACAACUGCUUGCCAGAAAAGCACUGAGUCACAAAAAUUCAGGUGGGUGUCUGAUCACCAGGUGAUGAGCGUGGCAUUUGCACAAUGUUUGGGAGUGCCCUACAAGCAAAACCAGGCUAAAGUUUCUUUGUACCCAUGCAACAAGGAAAGUGAAUUCCAGAAAUGGGAGUGCAGAAAUGCAACCUUUGCAAUCCAAGGGGAAGACUUAUUUCUCAGUGCUGGCAAAAGAAAAGGAAAUGACAUCGUGCUGAACACAGGACCAGCCACGAUGAAUAAAUGGAAGAUCUAUGGAACCAUGGAUGAUUUGUGUACUCAAGGCCAUGAAGAUCUGUUCACACUCUUCGGAAAUGCCAAUGGAGCUCCGUGUGCCUUCCCCUUCCAGCUCAGUGGUACUUGGUACGCUGGGUGCACGGCUGCUGGCAGGUCAGACGGUUUGCUCUGGUGUGCAACGACUCCCAGUUUCGACACGGACCAUUUGUAUGGCUUCUGUCCAACUAGUUUCCAGAACAGUGACAGAUUUUGGAUUACAGAUCCUCUGACAGGAACCCACUACCAGAUAAACCAUCAGUCAGCUCUCACGUGGCACCAAGCAAGGAGGAGCUGCCAGCAGCAGAAUGCAGAAUUAUUAAGUGUGACAGAGAUACAUGAACAAACGUAUCUAAGAGAUUUGAUUGACAGCAAGAGAUCCUCUCUCUGGAUUGGGCUUAACAGUCUGAAUCUCAACAGUGGCUGGCAGUGGAAUGGUGGCAUUCCCUUCAGAUACUUAAACUGGGCACCAG